GGUGGGGUUCGGCGCAUGCGCAGUAACGGCGCGGGCGGCCGAGGCGCUGGGUCGGUCGGAGUCUUUCGCUCGCUGCCUUGUCCCCCCCUUGCCAUGGACGUGAAGCGUCUGAAGGUGACUGAGCUGCGGGCUGAGCUAGGUCGCCGUGGUCUCGACUCCCGUGGGCUGAAGGUGGAGCUUGCCCAGCGGCUACAGGAGGCCCUGGACGCCGAGAUGCUGGCGGCCGGGCCCGAGGAGGGCGGCGCUGCUGGGGCCUGCUCUGGGGUGGAGCCGGGGCCUGCGGGGGGCCCGGUCGGAGCCCAUCCGCGUGGGGAGGGCGACGACGACGAGGACGAAGAGGAGGAGGAGGAAGAAGAAGAAGAGGAGGAGGACGAGGAGGCGCUGUUGGCUGACGAGGAGUCUACGCCGGCCUUGGGCGGGGAGGCCCAGCCUCAGCCCGGGCCCCAGGAAGAGGCGGCCCAGGCCCAGGCGCAGUCCCAGCCCGAGGGGAGCGACGGGGGCGGCAUGAAUGGAGCGGAGCAGCCGCAGGAGGAGGGGCCCAGCGGGGAUGAGGCGGCGGCGGCCGAGGCUGAGACCAAAGAGGGGGGCGAGGAGCCCGUGGACGAAGAGGAUGAAGAUAAAUCAAAGCCAACAGGCUCAGAUGGAGAGCGGCGAGGGGUUAAGAGACAACGUGAAGAAAAAGAAGAACAUGGCCGUGCUUAUUAUGAAUUCCGAGAGGAGGCUUACAAUAGCCGGUCUAAGUCUCCACCACCACCAGAAGAGGAACCAAGAGAGGAAGAUGAUGAAACUGUUGUGAUCCUGGACACAUAUACAUCUGAUCUCCACUUCAAAGCAAGCAAGGACCGCUAUGGAGGACAACCUCUCUUCUCAGAGAAGUUCCCCUCCCUUUGGUCUGGGGCAAGGAGCACCCAUGGAGUGACAAAGGGGAAAGUCUGCUUUGAGGCAAAGGUAACACAGAAUCUCCCAGUGAAGGAAGGCAGUACGGAGGUCCCGCUUCUUCGGGUUGGAUGGUCUGUGGAUUUCUCUCGUUCCCAGCUAGGUGAGGAUGAGUUUUCUUAUGGCUAUGAUGGACGAGGGUUGAAGGCUGAAAAUGGGCAGUUUGAAGAGUUUGGUCAGCCCUUUGGGGAGAAUGAUGUGAUUAGUUGCUUUGCGAACUUUGAGAGUGAAGAGGUGGAGCUGUCCUUCUCCAAGAAUGGGGAGGAACUGGGAGUGGCCUUCCGGAUCAGUAAAGAAUCUCUCGCUGACAGAGCCCUCCUGCCACACGUGCUGUGCAAAAACUGUGUGGUUGAAUUGAACUUCGGUCAGAAGGAGGAGCCCUUCUUCCCAAUUCCUGAGGAAUAUGUGUUCAUCCACGCCAUCCCGGUUGAGGACCGAGUGCGCACGCCUCUUCCGCCCAAAACCACAGAGGAGUGUGAGGUACUGCUGAUGGUUGGACUGCCAGGGUCUGGGAAGACCCAGUGGGCACAGAAGUACACCCAGGAAAAUCAAGAGAAACGAUACAACAUCUUGGGAACAGAGACUGUUCUCUACCAGAUGAGGACAAAAGGCCUUGAGGAUGAAGAGAUGGAUCCCAAGAGCCGAGACCUGUUAAUCCAGCAAGCUGCCCAGUGCCUUAGCAAGCUGGUCCAGAUUGCUCCCAGGGCCAAGAGAAACUAUAUUCUUGAUCAGUGUAAUGUGUAUAACUCCGGCCAGCGACGGAAGCUGCUUGCCUUCAAGGGUUUCUCUCGCAAGGUGGUUGUGAUUGUCCCCAAUGAAGAAGACUGGAAGAAGAGGCUGGAGCUGAGGAAGGAGGUUGAGGGGGAGGAUGUGCCUGAAUCGGUGAUGCUGGAAAUGAAAGCUAACUUCUCACUUCCGGAGAAGAGUGAUUACUUAGAUGAGGUGAUGUAUGAAGAGCUGGUGAAGGAGGAGGCCCAGCCACUGGUUACCAAAUACAAGGAGGAGGCCAGAAAACUGCUCCCUCCAUCUGAGAAACGGGCAAACCGUCGCAAUAAUCGCAACAAGCGCAACCGUCAGAACCGCAACCGUGGCCAGGGAUAUGUCGGUGGACAGCGCCGAGGUUAUGACAAUCGAUCUUAUGGACAGCAGCAGUACUGGGGGCAGCCUGGAAACAGAGGAGGUUACCGUAACUUCUAUGACCGGUACAGAGGGGACUAUGAUCGAUUCUACGGACGCGAGUAUGAUUACAACAGAUACCGAGAUUACUACAGGCAGUACAACCGGGAGUGGCAGAACUACUACCAAGACAGAGACCGAUACUACAGGAACUACUACGGAUACCAAGGAUAUCGGUGAAAUCCCAGCCGUCUUCACCCUUCAGCCAAGAAGCUGAAUCUGCGGAGGUGUCUGCAACUUCCCAAAACACAACCAAUGGAAACAGGGCUGUUGGGGGGAGAGCGGCGGCGGGGGGAGGGGUGGGAGGAGGAAAAAAACUGUAAAUUUUUUUUUUAAAAAGUUUGUUGAAAAGAAUAUUGUCUUAUUCUAUAAAACAUUUCAAACCUAGUUAGAUAUUUGUAAUCAAAAUGUUUGCGCAGAGAGUGCAGCACUUAGCGCUGCCUGGCCUGUACCCUGUGAUUGGGCAGGAAAACCACGUACCCUUUAACAACUUUCUAGAGCAGCUGGACUGGCAGCCGGGCAGGGAGGUGCAGGGGUUUGCAAGACGCGCUCAGUGAUGGGAACUGAACAUGUAAGAACCUGGAGGUACAGAUGAGUGAGAAUAGAGGGGCCAGCAUCCCCUGGGGGCAGAGGGAGGGUUGGGAGGGCAGGCAAUAUUAAUUAUUGACUGAUCAUUCACUUGCAAAACUAAUUUCCUUCCAGAUUAUCAUUUGCUGAUCUAGCUUUGGGGUGAUGUGUGGGGCUCUGCCCACAGUGAUUCUGGAGUCUAGUGCUCUUCAAUGACUGGUGGAGAAGGGAUCGUUUCCACCUUGGAAAAUCUGGCAGAGUUCCACGUUCCUGCUGUUGUCUCGUCUGGCAGUGCUGUGCUGGCUGGAUGUAACGUAUCCCUGGCCAAAGGCUGUGCUUUUUAGCCGAGCAGUUUGCUUCACCCCCCUGGCUAUUAAAUUUCCCUGAAAGCUUGUAAGUGGAAUCAUGAGCUGUUUUUUGGCAGAAGGAAGCACAGGAAUUUAGUAUGCCGGUCCCUAAAUUCUCGGUCUUCCCUGGCCAAAGCAGACUGUCUUGGUGAGACUCUGUUCUCUUCCCCUCUCUCCCUCCCCCUCGCCCCGAGGCUAGCAGGCUUGGCCAGGUGCUGAAUCAUCUCUGUAUAGUGUCUGUCCUCUUUAGUGGAAGAGAAGGAACAUUUCUCAGGGUUUCUGCUGGAUCUUUUCUUCAUUAGAGCGUAAUGUGUGUGUAUAUAGGCAACCCAUGCAGUGUGUAACCUUCACCUGUGAGGAGAUAGUGCUGAGAAUAGCAACAAUUUUAUACCGUAAGAAGAGGGCACAGUUGUUAAAGUGCUCCUGUGGUUUUGAUAAACUGGUAGAGCGUGUAUAUAGGAAACUAGAGAAGGCGAUUGAGUGCAGUAGUGAACCAGCCUGAAGUGGGUGGGUGAGUGAGUGUGUGUGUGUGUGUCCGUCCUGCCCUCCCCUCCCCUCCCCUCCCCUCCCCUCCCCAUGGCUUGAAAACAAUAGGGUUUUGACUUUGAUACACUCUUUAGCUGUUAAGUCUAGUCCCACAAGAGGGGAGGGGGGUUCCUGAGGACACUGUGUGAAGGAGGAUCCCUUCAGUGCUUAGAGCGUGCUUCAGUAUAAAAUUUGGGUUGUCCUCAGUCUUCAGAAUUUCUGUAAGAUUGGGUGAGAGGAGGGGGCAUAAUUUCAGAAAUUAUUCCUUUCCCAGGCAAAUAGUUGUGUGUUGGGGGGAGAAAGGGGGGCAGCAACUUGUGUAGGGAGUGCAUUCAUGGCAGAAGUGGAUAUGGCUGGCUUGUAUUUUUUGGGCGGGGGGUGGGGGAUUUAUUUUCCCAUUAUGAAAUUUAGCAUUGAUCUUUACUUUUGUUUCAUUCUCAUCAGUUUGUCUCCCGCCCUGUGAUUCUUUCCCCAUCCUUCUUUCCCAGUGAGGACAAGAUACCCUCUUAGGAAGUGAAUUGUAAAUACUCUUGGUUCUGGUCCUAUAGCCUUGGAUUUGGCUAGGGAGCUAAUUAUGUCCAGUCCCCCUGUUCCUUUCCUUCCCUGCUUGAAGAUUAUCUUCUACUCUCUGUGAUUUGCUGUUUGAAAUACAAACAUUUUAAUUUGUUUUAAAAAUUGAAUUUUUUUAUUCUCUGCCUACCAUUGCAAGCUGCCCUGUCUCCAAUGCCCAUUGUCACAUCCAAGCCCAGACUAAACCCCUCCAUCCAGACCAGGACAUGGUGAGACAUGGCUCUGCCAGCACCAGAGAGCACAGGUAACAGGUUGCUGGGAUCUCCCAGCCCUGUGCCACUUCCCAAUGCAAGAACUAGUGAGAAGCAGAGUUCUACUGUCUCCAACUGCAGUGCCGCAUGUGUGUAUCUGAACGUGUGACUGUGUGACGACCGUUUUUAUAACAAAGCAACUGGUAUUUUAAAUGAUGCUUCAGGCCACUAGAAAAUACUCUUGGGACAGGGGUAAAGGGGAGAAAGCAGGAGCCUGCAGUAGGUGUGUGCUGGCAAGGGUGUUCGAUGCUUUGGUAUUUUUAAAAAGUUCCUUCUUGGGGUGUGCUUUCCAAUUGGUGGGGCACAGGCAGCCUCCAGUGUGCAGAUCCUCCACAGCUUCAUUGAGUUUGGGGGACAUGGAGUAACUGGCACUGGAGCCAGGAAAGCUUAAAUCACUUCAGGAGGCGCUGUCAUCGUUAACAGAAUAACUUUUGAAGCUAUAGUCCUUUUUAAAUAAAACCUGUUUUUCUGGGGAUGACUAGAACUGCCACAUCCUUGUCCGUAAGACCAAGAGAUCUUAGCGACUUCAGUAGAUGUCUUUUUCUGCACAUUUUUGUUAAAAAAAAGAGGAAAAAAAAGAAAAAUUAAAUGGUAAACAAGGAAAUGCAGCCUGUUUUAGAUCUGUUAGUGUUUCAUGAUUGUACGUCUUAGUUGCUGUAGAUGGAAAGCUUGAGAGAACAUGAAGGCUGUAAAUGUUUUUACAAACUGUAAAACGUUUUGAAGUGGCCAGUAAAAGGGUUUUACCAUUGAACAUGUAACUGUGUGGUUGUUUACAUCUGUAACUUUCCUUCAGAUUCUGGCAAAUGUAGGCAAUAGCUUCCAUUUUUAGAAUAAAUAACCAUUGGCUUGACUUAACAUCCUUAUGUUGCUGCACUGACUUCGUAGGUGUCUCUAUACUUUGGCUCUUCUUCCCCUCUCCAAUAAAAAGAAAACUCAAAAGACCAGA